GAGGCAUGUGACAAAUAUGUCGAAAUUACGUUGAAAAACAUAACCCUACUUACGCAAUGUUUGUAAACACAUUGUUAUUAUUUAAAAGAAAACAUAUAUGAUAUUAUCUCGUAAUUAUGUCUGGUAAAUUAGAAAUUCAAUGGUCUCCAAUACACAACAAGUUCAUUACCUGGGGUGCAGAAAUUUGUCUGUAUCAAAUACAAGCUCUAAAAAAUGACACACUGCCUUCUACAGUAUUCAAAGUUUCUGAUACAACAUGUGCUCAAGUUUUAACAACUAACACCAAUCAUCAUUAUGUUAGAAGUAUUGAUAUCUACCCAAAAUGUGAAAAUGACUUACUCUUAGCCAUUGGUCUUGGUAAUGGUAGAGUUGCCUUAACAUCUUUUGGUCCAUCUGAACAUGAUGCUUAUGGAUUUCCAGGAAAAGAAUUAGUACCCAGACAUAGUCGUCAUUGUAACGCAGUGCUAUUUAACCCUAUUGAGCAUAACUUAAUUGCGGCUGGUCUUGAUAAAUACAGAUCUGACAGUUCAAUUCUUAUUUGGGAUAUUCACAAAUUCAAUUCUAAUAAUGAUUCAUCAAAUAGUGGUAGAAUGGCUGUUAAUACAAUGGCACCAGCUGUUGAAUUGGUUAAACCAGUUGCAGAGUUUGGAACAUCAGAAGUUACAUACAGCUUAGCUUGGUUCCACGGAACAAGCAAAAUAUUAGCAUCUGGUAUGAAUGGAAAGAAUAUAAAAAUUUUUGAUAUGCGAGAUCCAAAUAAGAUGGUAAAUUCAACUGUAACCAAAGGUGUUUUUGGUGUUUGUACAAAUCCUAAUGAUGAUAUGCAUCUAGCAUCUUAUUAUGAAAAUCAAAUCUGCCUUUGGGAUGUUAGAAAUUUUGAAAAAACUGUUGUUUCUAUUCCCCAAAGUAAAUCCAUAAUAAAAAUAGGAUGGUGUCCAACUAAAUACAGUUCCUUGGCAAGUUUACAACGUGAUAGCUCAGUAAUCAAUCUUUAUGAUAUCAAACAUAGUGUUGUUAGUAAUGAAGAACUUGAACCGAACGUGAUGGAGAGGAUUGUAAGUCCUGGUUCACCUCAUAACAUAACAUCUUUUUCAUGGCAUGCGACAGAUGAAAACCGUCUUUUGACUAUUGCCCUCUCCGGUACUAUUAAGGAUUAUACUGUUUUUGAUAGGAUAACCGUGAAUUGGUCGACAAAUAACAUCGUAUGGUCGCACGGUAGAAAGAUACUUCGACAUGUCAAUGAUACAUUUGUAGAGGAUAUAUCACAUAAUAUCAAAGAGAGAGCGAAGGAUCGUUAUGGUAUUCAGGAAGAUUUUUCAAAAAACGCCGAAUUAGUAAAGGACGAUCUAUCGUUAGCUAACGUUUGGAACUGGCUUCAUUUGACGAAGCAACUAGUAGAAAGUGGUAUUAUAAAAGAUCCAGAAGAUAAGCAUCCGGGAGUUUUAUCGGUAAUAUCAAAUAUAGAUCCUGUCCAAAAUAAAUCUGAUGUGGUUACUGUCUUUUGGCGCGACGUGGGUUAUCCUAAUUGUCAAGGCUCUGUAAUUAUGUACAGGCACGAAGAUAGAGACAAAGCUUUACGUUUAUGUAGUUGGCCGUUAGAAAAAGAUUCUCAAUACCUAAUGGAUUUUAUUGAACAUCUUGAAAAUUCGCAAGCCUACACCAGAGCCGCUGCCAUAGCAGUGUUUAACCUCAAGAUACAAUUGGCAAUAGAGGUACUAAGAGGAGCACCGAGUAAUGCCAAUUAUGGAUCGAAUUUAAACGUUGUCGCUAUGGCACUCUCAGGUUUUUCCGAUGAACCCAAUAGUCUUUGGAGACAGAAUUGUCUCAACUGUCUAUCAAGAUUGAGUGAUCCUUACUUAAAAGUAAUGUUCAGCUUUCUAACAGCUCCAGAUUAUAAUUACGAUGAAGUGCUGAACGAAAAAGGUAUAGCGGUAGAUGAUAGAGUAGCAUUAUCUUGUUUGUAUUUGCCGGAUGAAAAAUUAUUGGAAUAUAUGAGAAAAUUGUCAGAAGAACUUUGUAAUGAAGGUAAUUUGGACGGUCUUCUAGUCACGGGUAACAGUUCUACUGGAUUGAAACUCUUACAGAAAUAUCUGGAUAAUGUCGGUGAUAUUCAAUCAACGACUUUAAUUGCAACAAGGGCCUUCCAUGAUGAUUUAGGGUCUGAAGUUGUGACAAAUUGGAUUGAUAAUUACAGAAAUGUUUUGAAUAGUUGGAAAAUGUUUCACGAGCGCGCCGAUUUUGACAUAAUGUUAGCUUCCUACAAAUCCGAAAAACCACCUCAACAAGUUUACGUAUCUUGCAAUUUCUGUGGAAAAAGCAUAUCCGCUUACUUAUCUAGUCACGAUAGGAAUAGGCCUCAACUUCAUAAAAGUUCUGCGAUCAAAUCGAAGUUAUCUUCGUGUCCAAAUUGUCGAAAACCUUUACCAAGAUGUGCCAUUUGUCUACAAUAUAUGGGAACGACAACAGGGGAUUGUUCAGGAACAAAAAAUACGCCGUUCGAAUUAUGGUUUACGUGGUGUCAAACGUGUAGGCAUGGUGGCCAUGCAGGCCAUUUGUGCGAAUGGUUUGAUGAACAUCAAGAGUGUCCUGUGAGUGGAUGCAGUUGUAGGUGUUUCGCUAUAGAUGCAAUGAUAGCUCAAUCAUGAAAGUUGCAUAUACUCUAUAACCUAUAUUUUUGUACGUAGUAAAUAUGAUUUAGUACAUUUUGCAUCAAAAGGGUUUCGAAGUUGAAUUAUGACAAAAGUAUGUGUUAUUUACAUGUGCUUUAUGAUCGAAUUUUUUUUGGAACUGGCAACUUUUUCCUCACUUAAUGUUAAGUGCAAAGUAGUGUUUUACCCUAGUUGAAUAACUUUGAUAUAUCUUUAUGUUAAAAUUUCUGAAUCUAUCGGUGAUAUUCAUACUAAACUAGACUGGGCCGAAAAAUUAUAUAUUGGAACCAAAAGUUGCUUACUGAUUUGAAACGUAGAUCCCCAAGUUGAGGUAAAACUAAUUUAUUUAAGUCGGUCCCCAAGGGGAAAAGAAACCCACACCUAAUUAUGUAACAAGAAUCAAAAAAUAUUGAGGUUCAACCGGGCCCUAAGCUCAAAAUAAUCCUUCAAUAUGCACAACACUGUCAAUAAGCUAAUGCAUUGUCUGCAUUGAUCUACUGCAGAUCAGUAGUAAAAGUUUAGUCACAUAUGAACAUAGCUCUAAUACAAGAAUUCAAUGGGAAUUAUUUUGGACAUUUAUAGCUUAGUCUACCGGUUAAAGCAAUUGAUGUGUAAUUUCUUACAUUAUCAAAAAAUGCAUUACUUGUACAAAUCUGAAAGAUAUAGGAUGUGAGAGCACAAAUCUUUAUACAGUGUGGAAAGGAGGUGUUAUUCGACUAAUUGAAGAGUGGUUAGGAAGACCUUUGCAGCAUACUAAAAAUUGACAGUCACAAGAAAGACCCAUAUAACUAUUCAGAACCUAUUGAGAGUCUUGUGAACGACUGCGAAAAAGUUGCUGUUGUGCAAUUUGCGAAGCCAUUAAAAAUAGAAAUCUUCCCAAAAAUUUAUGCGAAAAGAAUCCUGGUAAGCCUUUCUCAAGUCUUUUCAGAAUCUCCUGUUUUUCAAGCAACGUUAAUGUUUUGUAUUUUCAUUUACACUGGGGUGACAUUUUUCUCACUAAUACUCUACUAAACAGCUACGUUGAGAAUAACACUAAACCAACAGAUGUUCGCGACACACGAAAUAAGAGAAUACUGGACCGAUCGUCAGUUGCUUCUUUACACUAGUCUUGAGUAUCAUGUCUCAACAUGAUUCUCCCAUCACACCCGUUUGAGACCUCCGGAUUACUGGAGUGCCGGAUCAAAGAGGUUCUACUGUACAUUGAAGGAACCGAGAGGAUUUAUUGGUAGAAGAGAAUUGACUGGCAGAAUACAAAUGUCACCGAAAUUCCAAUUAUCAAAGCCUUAACAAUUGCGGAAUUGACAGAACAAUCCAAUCAUUAGAAGUUAAUUUCUGGCGAUUCUCCUUGUCACAUUCCAGCAGUUGAAAGAUGUGUGAAAGUUACAGAAACAUCCUUGAAAGUAUGCGGAAGUUAAUCAAUGGAUGGAUAUAUCGGGCAAAAAUUGAUGUAAGGAGAGAUUUUUUGAAACAAAGCUAAAUAUUGUGCUGCAGAAAAAUAUUAAUUUUUUCGAAGUGGGCGGAAAGGGAGGGAAGAUGUCCUCUCUAUGAGGUCUGGGCUGGUUUAAUAUUUAUUAGUGAUAUUAAUGUAUCUUUUUAUCAUAAACACCAAACCAGGUGAAAAGAUGUACAAAAAGCUUGGGGCUCGGUAAAAAUAUUGAAUAUGUUAAAUACUGGGAGCCCUUGGGACCGUUUUACACACUAGUUAUCAUGGAGUUGUGUUUAUAUUUUUUCGGCCUGCCCUAAUGUUUAUCUUCACUACACUAACAACAAUCACAUUUACACUGUCUAACUCGCGUUUCAAUAACUAAGUUAUCACCUUCAGAGACCAAAGAUUGUUAAUUUUUCUCUUUUCAUUUAAUUCUCCGCUUAUUAGCUUUUUCAUAAUAAUUUGUAAAUGAAGUGUACUACUUGUAAUAUAUUUCAAAUUUAGUUUUCUCUAAUUACAUGAUAGCAUUGAAAUCUAUCUUGCUUACUAAUUUUUGAUAAUUAUGGAGGGUAGAGGUAAGGAGCGUUCCUUAAAUGAACUUGAAUUAAGAUGGCGUUGCUGUACCAGAGGAUCAUUUUCUUUUUAGCUCAACGUCAAAAGUACAAUUUAUUUGACUGUGUUAGCAAUUCGACUUCUAAUACAACACAUUUACCAACUACUAGUAUAUGACAAUUAUAAAAGUAACUAAAUUCAUUUAUUUCAUGCAAUUUUGGGGACACUUUUUGAUUCAAAUAACUAUAUCAGUGUAUGCACUUACCUCUACCGUCCAUAAUAAAAAGAUUUACACCAACUUCACUUAUUGACAGUUUAGCAAUAUUGCCACAUUCAGUAAAAGUAAAAUCAGUUUAUAAAAAGAGUUUACCUCCAUCCUCUGAAGAUGAUAAUUUGGUUAUCAUAAUGCGCAUCAGAGUAUGUAAAGUGUGAUAUUUCUUUAUUCCAUUUUUGUUUUUUCGUAUAUUUUUGUAAUGUAUCGGUUUCACAUAUCUACGAGGUGUGAUAAAAAAUAUGGUGAAUCAUUAUAUUAAAAUUAGAGUAAAAAAAGGUAACAUAAAAUUGGAGUUAAUCCAUGACUCUUAGACAGUAGUUCAAUCCCCUUAAUUAGAACCAUAUUUAGAAGGCUUUUUUUGGAAAUCUGGUGAUUAAAACCAAUUAGGGCAGACAAGAAAACUUUAAGCGACCAAUUAAUUGAAAAAAACGGUAACUUGUGGUACCUCUUUCUUUGCAAAUCCUUAUUAAACUCUUUAGUAAUCUCUCUAAUAAUCAAUGGACUUUUUGAAAGAACUUGUUUGUUUACUUUCGAAACAUUUCCAUUUGUUUUUCAGGUUUCAGGAAUAAAACAAUUAUUUAUUCCAUCAUACAGUUACUUGGUCUGCCACUCCUAUUCUCCCCAGUGACAAAACAUCGAUUGAUACUAACGUCAAGCAGUGGGAAUUCUAGAUUAAUUUUCUUGGAGAGAAUUUAAAUCUUCAAAAAUCAAAUCCAACUCAUUCAUUUCUGUAGGUAACUCUUCAUAUGAUACUCCCUCUAAUUCUGACGGGUAUUUGUGUAACUGAGUUGAUUGAGGUGAAGUUAAUUUCUGGAACCGUUGGUGAUCUUCAUACUGAACACACUAUUCCCAAUAACACAAUUACACUGUCUGACGCGCGUUUCGAUAACCAAGUUAUCGUCUUCAGAGACUGGAGGUAAACAGAUAACAGUUUAUAGGAAAAUUGUGCUGUUAUUUUAUUGGGGCUUGCAUCAAUAGCACUUGUUUGUAAGCAUAAUUCAUACACAUCAAUAAAUGGCUUUCAUUUUCCCAAUUAAAAUGGGUUGUUCUGCAUUUAACACAUUUUCACCCUCUACUACGGAUUUGGAAUUAGCAUACCCUUUCAAAUAUGAUAUAUGUAUUCUAGAAUUCUCAGUUUCAUAUUGCCAAAAAAUAAAAUGAUAUAAACUCAUUGUAUAAUGACCUUAUAACUCAACUGAAAAUAAAACAUUGAGUAAGUAAUAAUUAAAAACAAAAAUCAAGUCCAAUGCAAUGAAACAACUACUAAAAAUAUUCAAAAAAAGUAGUUUCUGGUUUUCUCCGCCGUGGCGCUGUCAUCUUAAUCUGAGAAACGUAUUCUUAUUGCAUUUCAAUUAUCAAAUUAAUCUCGAGUCCUUGUAAGGGACAGAAAUAAUCUAUCUACACAUCUAUUUUUGAUGUCAGAGGACGUCCCAUUAUUCAACUGAUUCAUUUCCACUUUAAAUGCUCAUGCCACUUCUGAAUAGUUACCAUAUCAUCACCAAAGACAGAUUUCAAUAUUUCUUUAGUUUCCUUGGAAAUAUUUUUCAUUUUGAACCAAAAGUUAAUGUUUAGUUUAAGACGUGCCAGUUGACAUAGAGGCAACGUUAAUAAGUACUUCCAUAAAAAAUAAUUCAUUAUAUUCUUUGUCACACCACGUAGCGUUAAAUAUCUAUUCAACUUCCAGAAAUUACAGGGGAAAAUAAGGUGUGCAUUUCGAUAUAAAUCGCAAUAAAACGUAACCACUAUGAAAUCAUCAUUUUCAAAAAAUAAGAGAAAACGUUUAUGAAGCACAAUUUGAAAUUGUUCUCAUUUUUAUUCAAGUGCCGAGGUGAAAUAAAAAGUAAAAUAAACAACGUCACACGAGUUGCACAUGCAGAUUAAACUGAAUAAUAAAACUUUCUUCAGUUUCCGAUAUUAUUUUCGACUCUAUAAUCAUUUUGAAACUGACAUGGGUGUUGCAGAAUAAGUUAUUGUUAUUCGGCCCCAAUAACAACUUACUCUCUAAUGUUAUUGAAGUUGAGAAGUUACGUAAACAUAUAAUGGAAAAAAAAAAGAUUUCUUCCUUUCGUUGCUUCUUACGGUGGGGUCUUUUGCGCAGGCAACCAACAUGACAGGUAUUGCAGAUGUUACUUGUUGGACACUAUACACAUUCAUAUGAAUUGAAAGUAUUUGGUUCAGUUCAUGGUUUUCUUUCCUUUCAAAUAGUUAAAUUCUUCCUCUGGAUUUCUUCUUGUAUGCUUUAGUUUCAAAUAUCAGUCUCCAUUUCCCCACAUUAAUAGCCCAAAAGUUUUCUCUCUGAAUUACUACAUUUUUCUAUAAUUUCUUUUUUGGCUCUGUAGUCUUAGUUUAUCCAUUACCUUUCCAGUUUUCUGUUGAUUAAAAAGUAUUUUAUUUUUGAUUGUAACUCAUUAAUCUUAGCUUUGAAUUGAUUAAAUAUUUUCCCAAGCGUUUUAGAUUCAUUUAGAUUCAAUAUUUAUUUUUUACUUUUUAAAAAUAUAAUUUAAACAGGUUUAACGUAAAUUUCCAAAUUCAAAUUAUAAAUUUUUUUUAAUCAGUUUUGAGUAAUUUAUAUCAAAAUGCCAUAUAUUUCCGGGUUUUUACUGUUUAAUUAAUUUUUAUUAUGAUUAUGGAGUAAUAUUGUAGUAACAAAGCUGAAUUUUCUUUAUUUUUGUUAAGAAAAUUUUUAUAUUUUUGUGAUGUUUUAUCUUUAUUAUACACAUUUCGAAUAGCAAAGAUAUUUAUUAAUUUGUCAUGUAUAUGUUGAAUCAUUUUACUAAUAUUAAGAACUGUAUACUGAAUCUAUUGGAUUAAACUGGGAGGUGUUCAUUUUGUUCCUAUUACAACAAUUUUGUAUUGUAUACAAUAUUUGAAAUAAAUUUCAAUAAAACCAAAAA